CAAAGAAUGAGAAAGAGAAAGCAAAAACAUAUGCCAACCCCACCUCUCUAUAAAAAUUCUUUCAAGACAUAGACUCAAAGUUUUAAUCUCUUGAUCAUUCUCUCAUUUCACAAAAGCAAACAGUAAAGGCUUGUUUGGAUGCAUAGAAAAGAAAUAAGCAUUUAUAUGAUCAUCACAAAGUGAGAAAAGAGAGAAAGGAAAAAAAAUCAUUUUUUUGUGUUCUUUUUUGUUUUUUGUUUUUUUGGAUGAGAGAGCUUACUUAUCAUCAGUGCAACAACAAAUGAUGGCAGGAAACCCUAGCUGGUGGAGCAUGCAUCCACCAUCCAUGUCUCAGCAGCCUUCUACUUUGCUAGCUUCAUCCCCAUCUAAUAUUUUGCCUUCUCAAUAUGUUCUUGGAUCUUCUUCACUACCUUUGAAUUCUUUGCCUGAUAAUAACCAAGAUCAGCUGCCUCAGUCAUGGAGCCAGCUUCUAUUGGGUGGAUUGUCAAGUGAUGAAGACAAGUUUGUUAAUCUCAAUCAUUUCCAGUCGAAAAAGUUUGAAAAUUAUGAAGAUCACCAAAUCAUAAAUCCAUCUCUAAGAGCACCAGUUGGUGAUAUCAAACAAGAAGUAGUCACUCAAAGUAGCAACUUAUAUGGCCAUGGAGGUGAAGAAUUUCAAGCUCCAACUCCUGCAAAUUGGCCACAAAUCAUGCCGGUUUCAUCCCCUAGGUCUUGUGUCACUAGCUUAAACACUAAUAUAUUGGACUUCUCUUUUACCGAAGCAGAUGGGAACAAUAAUAAUAAUAAUAAUAAUAAUCAUCAAAACCCAGAUCAUUCAUCUGAGUGUAACAGCACAGUCACAGGUGAGAUUUGCAAGAAGGCUAGGAUUCAAUCUCCCUCAUCAAGCCAGCCACCAUUAAAAGUGAGGAAGGAGAAGCUUGGUGACAGAAUCACAGCACUUCACCAACUAGUUUCCCCAUUUGGAAAGACUGACACUGCUUCUGUCUUGUUAGAAGCUAUUGGGUAUAUCAGAUUCCUUCAGGGUCAAAUUGAGGCCCUCAGCUCGCCUUACUUGGGCACUCCUUCUGCAAAUUUGAGAAAUCAUCAUCACUGUGUAAGUAAAUCAUCCCAUUUUCCAAAGCAAGCCCUAGAUUCUGAGAGAAGAUCAUCUAAAAAGAGAAAAUAAAUAAAUAAACAUGUGAGUCUAUGCAAGUAUUAAGCAUGCGUGACUAAUUCUAUUAGAAUAUAUUAUUUAUUUAUAUAGAAAUGGGAGAGGAUUAUGUAUUGUUAGGUUUAGGAAGACCAACUUAUUAUUGAUUUCAGGGUUCGGGGGAUUAGUUGAGGUGCACAAACUAGUCUGAAUACUCUCGCCCACAAAAAAAAGGAAAAAGGUUUAGGAAGAUUUUAAUUUCUUCUUAGGUGUAAUUAAUUAAGGUGAGGAAGAAUGCUUUAUUGGAUCCAUCACAGAAAAAAGCAAGUAGGGAUGGCUAAUUAAUGGGCUUGUUGUUGAAAAGCACCUAGCUGAACUUUUUUUAUUACUUAAAAGCACAAGGUUCUACUUAGCUUUAUAUAAAUUAAAUGGAGUAAGAUUUACUUGUAACUCAAUCUUAUAAAUUUUUUCUUACAAUUCCGACGUGAAAACUCAUAAUUGGUCAACUCGCAAUUAGACAGAUGGGACUUAUAGUGAGCAUGCAGGAUCCAUUUGCGAGCUGACUAAUUGUGAAUUGUCACAUCAGGGUUAUGAGAAACUUUGUGAAAUUGGGUCGUAAGUGUAGCAUUGUCCUUAAAAUUAACUUUUUUUUUUCUCUUUUUUAUACUUUUUGCAAUUAACCAGACUCUCUCUCUC